UGUCGUCCUUGUGAUGAGAGAGAACUAAUCAUAUCAUUCUGUACCAGUGAUUUCGUUGUGGUAGGAAGUAUGACAGAAGUCACCCUAGAUUCACAGCAAGAUAAAACCAGGAUCGGUGUGGAGGUAGAUCAGUUGAUCAGACAGAAAUUGACCAAUCAAAAAUCCCCACCUUCAAUCCGUUCUAAUAGUUUAUUAUAUGGACAUAUCUUCGCGCCAAAUCAUUGCGGUAUUCAACACGGUGCGGGAACAUUUUUAUUCACCGGAAAGAUGCGUUUGGGUGAGCCGAACCUACGGUGUGCACCAUUUUAUGAAAAUUGGCGACGUGUGUUAGAAGCUGCCGUAAAAGACGGUACGAUGGAAUGCUCCUAUGAAUAA